GGCGUGGAGGUGCAGAGAGGAAAAUUGAGGUGCCUGAAACUCGUCAACAACAGCUAGCAGGUCAGCUACUAGCUGUACAAAUCAGCACUUGCUAAUAAGAUCGUCUCACGGAGAUGCGAAAAGCAAUGAUCGAUGAAGAGUGCUGGCUACAACGACACUGGCUUGUCCACCAGGGACAUCAUCAGGCACUGGAACAUAGAUAACAUAUGCAAACUGAUAAACCAUGAUCCCCAUCACUGAGCUGCGGUACUUUGUGGACACGCAGCCAGCGUACCGCAUCCUGAAACCAUGGUGGGAUGUUUUCACCGACUAUAUCUCCAUUGUUAUGCUUAUGAUUUCUGUGUUUGGGGGGACCCUGCAGGUCACCCAAGACAAGAUGAUCUGCCUGCCCUGCAAAUGGGUGGUCAAUCAGACCUGCAGGAGGUACCUCAAUUCCUCCUUCUCUACACCUCUGGUUUUGGCCCAAGGGAUCCAAUAUGAUCUGGACCGGCACCAGUACAACUAUGUGGAUGCUGUGUGCUAUGAAAAUAGAUUGCAUUGGUUUGCCAAGUACUUCCCCUACCUAGUACUACUUCAUACACUUAUUUUCCUAGCGUGCAGCAACUUUUGGUUUAAGUUUCCUCGGACUAGUUCCAAACUGGAGCAUUUUGUGUCCAUUUUGCUCAAAUGCUUUGACUCUCCUUGGACUACAAGGGCACUGUCUGAAACAGUGGUUGAAGAGACAGAUCCCAAACCCAUGAAAAUGAAUGGAUCAAUUGACCACAAGGAGUCCGUCAUCAGUGAAGACGUGAGGCAAGUGUUCCGAUGCUGCAACUGGACAAAGACACGCUUGGAGCAGGGCAUUGUGGACAGAACAGAAACAGGGGUUUUGGACAAAAAGGAGGGUGAACAAGCCAAAGCAUUGUUUGAAAAAGUGAAGAAGUUCCGCUUACAUGUGGAAGAAGGCGACAUUGUGUACAGACUGUACAUUCGUCAAACUAUCAUCAAAGUGAUUAAAUUUAUUCUGAUAAUCUGCUACACAGGGUAUUACGUGCACGAUAUUAAAUUCAGUGUGGACUGUUGGGUUGAUAUUGAGAGUCUGACAGGUUACAGCAUGUACACGUGCUCAUCCAUUGGCUACACUUUUAAAAUCUUGGCAUGUUUUUAUAUUAGCUUAGUCGUAGUGUAUGGAUUGAUAUGCAUGUACACGCUGUGCUGGAUGCUUCGCCGCUCUCUGAAGAAGUACUCCUUUGAGUCAAUACGGGAAGAGAGCAGCUACAGUGACAUACCCGAUGUGAAAAAUGACUUUGCCUUCAUGUUGCACAUGAUAGAUCAGUAUGACCCGCUUUAUUCAAAACGCUUUGCUGUGUUCCUGUCAGAAGUAAGCGAAAAUAAGUUGAGGCAGCUUAACCUGAAUAAUGAGUGGACACUGGACAAGCUGAGACAGCGAAUUACUAAGAACUCACAGGAGAAGUUGGAAUUGCACCUUUUCAUGCUUAGUGGCAUUCCAGACACAGUAUUUGACCUGAUGGAGCUUGAGGUCCUCAAGCUGGAGCUUAUCCCUGAUGUCACCAUCCCCCCAAUCAUCGCCCAGCUCGUCAACUUGAGAGAGAUGUGGCUUUACCACACUCCAGCUAAAAUUGAAGCGCCAGCAUUGGCAUUUUUGCGUGAGAACUUGAAGUCUCUUCACAUCAAGUUCACUGACAUCAAAGAAAUUCCCUUGUGGAUUUACAGUUUGAAGAAUCUGAGUGAGCUGCACCUGACAGGGAAUCUCAGUGCUGACAACAAUCGUUACAUCGUCAUUGAUGGGCUCCGUGAGCUUAAAAGGCUCAGUCUUCGACUAAAGAGCAAUCUCACCAAGCUACCUCAGGUGGUGACUGACGUGGGCCUUCACCUCCAGAAGCUUUCCAUCAAUAAUGAAGGCACCAAGCUCAUGGUGCUCAACAGUCUGAAGAAGAUGGUGAACCUGAGUGAAUUGGAGCUGAUUCGCUGUGACUUAGAACGCAUACCGCAUUCGAUCUUCAGCUUGCACAACUUGCAAGAGAUUGAUCUGAAGGACAACAACUUAAAGACCAUUGAGGAGAUUAUCAGCUUCCAGCACCUCCACCGACUGGUCUGCCUUAAACUCUGGUACAACCAGAUUGCCUACAUUCCCAUUCAGAUUGGAACAUUGACCAACCUGGAGAAACUCUAUCUGAACAGAAACAAGAUUGAGAAGGUUCCCAGCCAGUUGUUCUAUUGCCGCAAGCUGCGCUUCCUCGACCUCAGCCAUAAUGACCUAACCUAUAUCCCCACAGACAUUGGCUUUCUCCAGAAUCUCCAGUACUUCGCAGUCACAGCCAACAGAAUUGAAAGCCUGCCUAAUGAACUAUUCCAGUGCAAGAAGCUUCGCACUCUAAACUUGGGAAACAAUUGUCUGCUUUCUUUGCCUUCACGAUUUGGAGAAUUAACAGCACUAACACAACUCGAGCUGAGGGGCAACCGUCUGGAGUGUCUGCCCGUAGAGCUGGCUGAUUGCCGGCAGCUUAAGAGAACCGGACUUGUGGUGGAGGAGGCUUUCAACACUCUGCCCACAGAGGUUAAGGAACAGUUAUGGAAAAUGGACAAAGAGCAAGCUUAAGUACAAAUGGAUACCAACUGGGGGCUGGCACAGAAGGAAACAUGUAUCUGUCCAUGAAAGCUGAUUAUAACAGGCUAAGUCUUACUGUGACGUACAGCAAGUGAGAUGGGUAUCACGUAAAUAAUAUUGAAACUACAACAACUACUUGAUAAUUUAAUUGUGAUUGUCAAAUUUGAUUCCCACGGUUGCACAAAA